AAAAUUCGCACUCAUUUUAAAUUGAUGCAGGAAGCAGUUGACAUUUGUCAUUACUAAGCAAGCGGCCUUUGAGUGAAGUUAGAUUUCUAGUACCUAGUAGAGGUAGUUCAGAAUGAAGGUGUUUCUGACAAUCGUUGGUUCUGUCCUGUUGGCCAAUAGCUGGUGGUCUUAUGGAGUUGAGGCUUUUCAACCUGCAGCCUUGUGUCUGGCCAAUGCUGGCGAUUGCACAGCGAAAUUCUCCGGCGUCAGCAUAAGUCUACAGGAGAUGCAAGACUUGAGCACCCAGCUGAUGGAUCAGUCCUUCGACUUUCUGGUCCUUUCGUCGGCUUUCGAUCAUCACGCCAAAAAUCGUCCUGGCUUCCGGAAGCUGUACCGGAAGAUUUCCGACGAGGCUUGGUCCGAUUCGAUCGAGCUGAUCAAGUAUCAAGCCAAACGUGGCUAUCAGCCGGCUUUCAAUCCGAACUACAAAUUUGCCAGCAGUGGUUUGCGGACUCUGAAUGAUCCGGACCUGGCCAGCGAGCAUGAUUCGUUGAAGCUGGCAAUGGAGUACGAGAAACAGGUGGCCACAACUGCCCACGCACUGCACAAGAAAGUUUCGGUGGCGCACCACAAGCCGGCCCAUUACGAUCCGGAUGUGGCGCACUUUAUGGACGAACACAUCAUCGCCAAGCGGAGCGAAUCGGUGCGGAAGUUGACCGGAUUCAUUCAUGUGCUGGACGGGAUUCUGAACGUCGAUUCCAGCACCAGGGACAUGGGACUGCACGAGUUCGAUGAAUAUCUGCAGUCGGUGGUUUGAGGAUUUGUUUUUUUUUGUAAGUGCUAGUGAACCUCUCAAAUUGUGCAACCGAAAUGUGGAAUAAUGCUGUGCUCAGUAAGGUAUUAAAAGUAAAGAAUUAUCAAAAAUCGAUACUGUGGAUUAUUCAAUCAUCAA